AAGAAAGAAAAAAGAUAAAAUAUAUUAAUAAUUAAAAAAAAGUAAAAUAAUGUUGUAUGAAAAAUAAAAUCAAUUGAUCGUUGCAUUGAUUGAUCAAAAUCCCCAACGCGAGGAUCUAUAUCGUGUGUGUGUUUUUAAGAAGGAGUAUAAACGUCUUACCCUCUUUACCUAAGUGCUAUUAGGUGAAAAGUUUCUUUAAUAAUACAAGAUAAUUGAACAAAAACAUCGCUUCUCUAAACUGCCUUAAUAAACGUUGCUAAUAAAUUUUAGAAUACAUAUAUAUAUAAACAUAAUCAAAACGAUCAGAGCUUCCCUUCCAUUAUAAGAGAAAUUAUAUUAACUAAAUAUUUAUAAAAGCAUAUUUGUGAUAUUAAUUUUUGUUAUAUAAGAGAAAAGUUAGAAUAUAAUCUUAAACGCAUUUAAAAUGGAAUCUUUGGAAUACGAAAUGGCGCGCAAUAUGACUUUGCUUUUCUUUUUGGAACGUCUACUAGAUAAAGGUGAGCCGCGUACCGUUCACGAUUUAUCCUGUCAAUUUGGCAAUAAAGAAUUCACGAAAGAAAUGCGUCAAAUAGCCGGAGGUUCGCAAUCGGGUUUGAAGAAAUUUUUGGCGCAAUAUCCUUCCAUUUUUUUAGUUGAUGGCGAUUACGUGCAGGUGAAUUCAUAUCAACAUCACAAUUCGGAUGACGGUGGCUAUGGGGGGAGACGUGAUUAUCAGAAGGAAGCCAAAGAUUAUUUCAAAAAUAAAUUACUUCAAUAUGGCAUUGGGGUGGAAGUACCGGUGCGCAGUUUGUUGGGCCACCGCUCGCAAGCAUCACCGCAAGUGCGGCACAUAUCAGGUCAACAUAUUAAGGAGUUUACUGAAUUCUUGCUUAAACAUCCUGAUACUUUUAAGGUGAACGACGAUCAUGUUACAUUGGUAGGUUGCGAAGAUUUGAAAGACUUACCGGCACGUGAACGUUUGCACUUGCCACAAACGAUUAUCGAUACCCGAGGCACGCAACAAAUGUUAGAUUUCUUCGCUUGUUGUAUUGAGUCGAAAGGACCCAUCUUGGUCGAUCAAUUGUUUCAUUUGGUCACGACGAAAUUUCCGCAAGAGCAAUGGUUGCGCAUGUUUAAAACGCCCAGCGAUUUGACCACGUUUUUGAGAUUAUUUUCCGAUUGUUUUCACAUACAAGCUAAUCUAGUCACUUUGUUGCAAAAGCCUAAACUCAGUGAUUCACAUAUCCAGCAGGCCCAGGCUAAGACACGGGAACAAUAUAACACUAUGAAUAAUUAUCGUAAGGGCGUUCAACAGCAACCGCAGUCACCGCAAGCGAGUUCCGUACAACAACGUUUAGGAUCAUCGGGAUUACGUCACAAUUUCAAUAAUAACAACAACUCUUCGAUAAGCAUUGUCAAUCAUAUAACCUCACCUAACUUUAAACUCAAUGCUCCAGUUACUACAUUAGCUGCUGGCGACUCGCCACCUAAUCGAUCGGAACCGAAUUCCGGUUUUGAUAGUUAUAUUCCAUUGGCUGAAAUGAAAUUAGAAAACUUAUGCGAACGCAACUAUCCUUCUCCGACCAAUUGCUCUUCCUACGGUUGCAUAAGCAUUCCUUCCAAUAUUAAUCAGCAGCAAUUUUCAUAUCAGCAACUUAGCAAUCAUAAUGCUUCCGGUACGGCUCUAUUACAUCAACCGCCUACGGAACGUAUAAACAGUGCCAAUCAAACGUUGAAACAACGCAUUAACAAUCUGGUCAUUCGUACUCUUGCCGAAAAUUACGAGAAGGAUAAGCAAUAUUUAGCCAAUCAACAGGCCUGCGGGCAAAUCGGUUAUAAUCCACAAAGUUCGGCUCAUAGUAGUCCCGUUCACCUUGGGCAACAACAACAACAACAACAACAACAACAUUAUAAUAGUAAUAAUAAUAUAAGUGGGACUUAUGGAAGUAAUCAUACGUCACCUAGUCAGAAUUAUUUUGUCGGCGAUACGUGGAAAAUUAAGGUUCUGCAAAACACGAGCGUUAUAGCCAACAUUAAACAGUCCCUAUUCGUAACAGAGGCCAUGUUAAAAUUUGCCCAAAAUCAGCAAAAUAUUGUCAUAUCGUUGGAUUGUGAGGGCAUUAAUUUGGGCGUGAAGGGUGAGGUGACACUCAUCGAAAUCGGUACGACUCGAGGUGAGGCUUUCAUAUUUGAUGUGCGCACAUGUCCCGAAAUGAUUUCGGAUGGCGGUCUAAAAACUUUACUUGAACACGAGAACGUGAUUAAAGUUAUACACGAUUGCCGCAACGAUGCCGUAAAUUUAUAUCAACAAUUUGGUAUUUUACUACGCAAUGUUUUCGAUACGCAAGCUGCCCAUGCUAUUAUACAAUAUCAAGAGAGCGGUAAGCAAGUGUACAAAGCGAAGUGCAUAUCAUUGAAUUCCCUCUGCGAAAAUUACAAUGCCCCGAUAAAUCCUAUUAAAGAGCAGUUGAAACAAGUCUAUCGGCGAGAUCAGAAAUAUUGGGCCAAGCGCCCUCUAACCCGAGAUAUGUUAUUAUAUGCUGCCGGCGAUGUCUUAGUUUUAAUCAACGACCAACUUUAUGGAAACUUGGCAAGACAAAUUAAACCUGAAAACUUGCAAUUAUUUUCGGAUUUAUGCACCGAACAAAUUUUGAUGCACAUAAAGCCGAAUGAAGUGAAGAUACGUAAGAAGCAACGUAAAAUCAGUACCGAAGUGGCCGAUCUCAAACAGAAAUUGUCGCAAACCAAUAAAAGUAUUGUAUUAUCCAAUCGGGAAAUACGUUUAUUAAGAUAUAUGGAUUUAACUGAAGAUGAAAAGGAACGUUUAAAGGGUUAUUAUAAAGUAGCCAAAAAAUUAGAAAAAAUGGAAUCCUCAGGUCAGCAUAAUAGAGAUCAAUCUGACUCGGACGAUGACGUUGAAGUCAAUGAAAAUGAUAAUUUCCCCAGUUUAGAUUCUGUGCCAUCUGAUAACUCCUUAACGGGCACUUUUUCACCGCGUUUUAGCUCUGAGCCGCCCAGCCUGACGGAAUCAAUGCAAUUAAUGGAUGAAAUUCUAUCAAAUCAAGCCAUGGAUCGUGUAGCUAAAAUUGAUAAAUUAGAAGCAAUAUUAUCGGCUGUUACAUUGUUGCCAAGUGAUCAAAUACUUACAUCGAAUUCAAUACAAGAUCAAUUUGAUACAACCAUAGCUACUACGGAUAAUCUCCAAAUAGUGAGAGAGAAAGCGAAAAAUAUGAAAAACUGUAAUUGUCAAGUGGAACAACGCAGUACUACACCCACUACUAUGUUACGUAACGCUGUAUUGGUUAACGUAGAACGUAAGCCGGUAAAAGUGGUCGAUACCGCUUCGCAAACACUUAGUACCGGUGAUAUUGUUAUAACGAAAAUCAUAUUCGAGGACGAACAUGAAAAGGCCAAAGAAAAGGUAUUGACGUCAUCGCCCAAACGCAAUAACUCAUAAAAAAGUAACUACGAAAUGACGGUGGCGACGACGACGAAAGAUUAAAGAUUCCUAAUAAUUGAAAUUAAUAUAAAAAAUAUUAUAUAUUAUUUUA